CCUUCUAGGUUCAGUGUUCUUGCGUUGGAGGGGAUAGGGGAGGACGUUACUAAUGAAGAAGAAGAGUUGGAAGAAGGUGAGGUGAUUGCAGAUUUGCUGACUGAAGACACCAAGUUGAAAGAUCCUGCUAGGACUGGCCGGUUCCGCCCUGGUCCAAGUCUCAAGUUGAGCAAGCAGCUUCCUGCUCGCUCGAAAGACCUUAGAGUAAAGACCCAUACUUGCUCCAAAAAAACUUCCAGUAGGAAGUUAUGACGUCUUUUUUCGCUUGGAACAUGCGUGGCUUCAAUAUGUCGCGCAAGCAUAGGGAGGUUCGUCGAUGGGUUUUGGCAGAGAAGUUUUUGUUUGGGUGUUUGUUGGAGACGCGGGUUAAACAUGAUAAGUAUCACGAUUGCUUAGCAGCCUCUCUUCCGGGAUGGGGUUCCUUGGCUAACUAUGAAUUCAGUGAUUUGGGCCGUAUAUGGUUCUGUUGGUCUGAUAAAGUAGUGGCUACUAAGCUUCAUAUCAGUUCUCAGGUUGUAACUUGUGCAGUUCAGAUUCCUGAGACAAAUGAGCAAUUCAUUUGCUCAGCUGUGUAUGCAUCGAACUGUGAGGUGGAACGGAGAAGGUUAUGGGAGGAACUUCGAGGUACACAAGCAGCCUAUAGGCACCUCGAUAUGCCCUGGAUAGUGAUAGGUGAUUUCAAUGUCACACUUACUUCUGGUGAGCACUCACGUGGGGGAGCUUCUAGAUCUAGCCAGACGGGUAUGAGACAAUUUCAAGAAGCAGUGGGGGACUGUAAUCUUACUGAUCUUGCUUUCUCUGGUGCGAUUUUCACUUGGUGGAACAAAAGGGAUGAGGAUCCCAUCGGAAAGAAACUUGAUAGAGCUUUGAUAAAUAGUUCAUGGCUAAGGGCUUUUCCUCAAUCGUCUUCUCGGUUUGAGGCAGGAGGCAUUUCUGAUCAUUCCAGAUGUGUAGUUCGUCUUUCAGGGAUUACUAACGAGGCAAGGAAACCCUUCAAGUUCUUUAAUUAUCUCACUGAGCAUCAUGAGUUUCUCCCCACGGUCAAGAGAGUAUGGGAUGCAGCCCAACCGAUCCAUCACUCUCGUACAGCCUUGAGUAGAUUCCAUGCUAAGCUGAAGACUUUGAAGUAUGAUAUGCGAUUGCUCAACAAGACGCAUUAUGGAGAUUUGCCCGCUAGAACUAAAGAAGCGUUUGAGGAGAUGUGUCGCUGUCAGAAUAUGGUGCUACUGGAUCCCAAUCCUGUUACUUUUGCGGCAGCAGCUGAGGCAUCUGAUCGUUGGAAUAAAUUGGCUAGCAUUGAGGAAAAAUUUUAUCGGCAGAAGUCUUGCCUUAGGUGGCUUGGAGCAGGAGAUCACAACACAGUCUUCUUCCAUCGAGCAGUGCAGACACGAUCAACUAAGAACACCAUAAGAUUCCUUGUGAAUGAGGCUGGUGAAACCCUCACUCGGCUAUCUGAUAUUAAAAAGGAGGCGGUUCUUCACUUCCAGAGGUUUCUCCAAAUGGAGGAGAAUGACAAUGGCGAAGAAUCUCUCCCUCUGAUCCAAGAGUUAUUAACGUAUCGUUGUUCUGCUGGGACAGCUGCUAUGCUUGUUGCCCCUGUGUCCCCGGAGGAGAUUACAUCUGCACUACACGCUUUACCAAAUGACAAAGUCUCUGGACCAGACGGGUAUACAAAAGAGUUCUUCGUUGCUGCUUGGCCGGUUAUUGGAAAGGAAUUUAUUAUCUCAGUGCAGUCUUUUUUCUUAUAUGGCUUCUUGCCCACGGGAAUCAAUGCUACGAUCCUAUCUCUUGUACCAAAAACGGAGGAGGCUCAGACCAUGAAGGAUUAUCGGCCCAUAGCUUGCUGCAACUUGAUUUAUAAGGUCAUCUCUAAAGUUCUUGCGCGACGGCUCAAGUUAGUGCUUCCUGAGGCUAUUGAACCGAAUCAAACUGCUUUUAUUAAAGGGAGGCUAUUAUUGGAGAAUGUCCUCCUUGCAUCUGAGUUGGUUAAUGGCUAUCAUCGGUCCUCUAACUCUAGCAGGUCCACGGUGAAGUUUGAUAUCUCUAAGGCCUUUGAUACUGUCAAAUGGUCGUUCAUCACCUCGGUUCUUAGAGCUAUGGGUCUCCCACUGCAGUUUAUCCUCUGGAUUAAGGUCUGUAUAUCUACUGCUGCUUUCUCAGUCUCAGUGAAUGGUAAUCUUGAAGGUUUCUUCAUGAGUGCUAGAGGAAUAAGACAAGGAUGUUCUCUCUCUCCUUACCUCUAUGUUAUACUGAACAAUGUGUUGUCGAAGAUGCUGAACAAGGCAGCACAUGCACGGCAGUUUGAUUACCAUCCUCAAUGUAAAGAAGUUCAGCUCACUCACCUCAGUUUUGCUGAUGAUAUUUUGGUUUUCACAGACGGUACGGUAAGAUCUUUGCGGGGGGUCUUGGCGGUCAUGGAUCAGUUUUCAAGCAUAUCUGGUCUUCACAUUAAUGCUACUAAGUCUUCCAUCUUCGCCACUGGUCAGAACAUCAAUCUAUUGCUAGCAGAAGCCGCACAGAUAGGGAUCACUAUUGGUCACCUGCCAGUUCGAUACUUAGGGAUGCCUCUUACUACCAAAGCUCUUACAAAGCAAGACUAUGAGCCAUUGAUAGAUAAAGUGCGUGGCAGAAUGUUAUCAUGGCGAAAUAAGUGUUUGUCCUAUGCUGGUCGGCUUCAACUGAUCAAAUCAGUCAUCUCUGGUAUUGUUAACUUCUGGAGUCAAGCUUUUAUACUUCCCAAAGCUUGUCUUGAUACCAUCGAAAGCAUGUGUAGUGCUUUUCUUUGGUCUGGGUCUCCUAAUGUAACUCACAAGGCUAAGGUGGCAUGGGAGGAUCUAUGCUGUCCAAGAGAGGAAGGGGGUCUUGGUAUACGAAAGCUGCGUGAUUCAUCUAAGGUCUUUGCUUUGGGUCUGAUCUGGAGAAUUUUUACGAACACUGACUCGCUGUGGGUAUCUUGGAUACAGCAAUAUCUGCUGAGACAGAACUCGUUUUGGGAUGUUAAGGAGAAUGGAAAGGGUUCUUGGAUGUGGAGGAAAUUAUUAAAGCUGAGGCCUCUAGCUUAUCAGUUUAUUCGGUUUGAGAUCAAUGAUGGACAAAAGGCUUUUUUCUGGUUUGAUGAUUGGCUGCAGAUGGGCAGGCUUAUUGACAUUACUGGCGCUGUAGGUACUUGUUACCUUGGAGUAGCCCGGAAUGCUCGAGUUAUUGAUGCAGUUGCUCAAUCUCGCUGGAACAUUCGAGGCCAGCGUAGUCGUCACUUUCAUGAUUUAUAUGAGAGUAUCCAGAAUAUUCAGGUGCCGCAGGAAGAUCAAGGGAGGGAUAAGGUUCUUUGGAAACAUGCAGAGGACACUUAUAAAGCGCAGUUCUCUUCGGUUCGAACAUGGGAUCAGAUACGUGUGAGAAAGGCCACUGUACCUUGGAGUAAAUGUGUCUGGUUCACUCAAGGAGUCCCUAGAUACUCCUUCAUUGUCUGGCUGGCUGUUAAGAACAGACUUUCUACAGGAGAUCGUAUGCGGGCGUGGGGCAUUCAGCAAGGGUGUGUGAUGUGUGGUGAGUGGGAUGAGACAAGGGAUCACGUCUUCUUUGCUUGCCCUUACACAUACUCUGUUUGGGAUAGACUAGCAGGUAGUUUGUGUGGCAGAAGGAUCAAUCCGGACUGGUCGCUCACUCUGCAGUUUGUUACUAACAAUAAUCUUCAGCUAAUGGAUAAGAUCCUACUGAAAAUGGUGUUCCAGACUUGUGUUUACUAUAUGUGGAAGGAGAGGAAUGAACGCAGACACCAGAGAGGCUUUCGUACGGUGGACCAAGCUAUCCGGAUCGUUGAUAAAGCCAUACGGAACAGGAUCAGCUCUCUUCGUUAUGGGCCGGUUCAUCGGUUUGCUGGAUUGCUUCAACGUUGGUUUGAAGUAUUUGACAGGCCAUAGGUUUUUUUCAUAAAAUAUUGCUUCUUUGUAUAGCCUACCCAUAUAGUUUCCAUAUUCUUUUGUAAAUGCCUAUUAUUUUACUCUUAUCAAUAAAUUUCACAUUUCAUCAAAAAAAAAAAAAAAAAAAUUUGAAAUGUUUAAAAUUCCAAAAGAUACUUAUACCAAACAUGAACACAUUCCAAAUAAGUGAGCAAAACACUCUAAAAUUUAAUAGAGUACAUAAAUUAUAUAUCUAUUACAUGAAUAAUUCACUCAAUGCUUAGUUUGUUAUAUUUUGGUAUUUAGUGCUCUUUUUGUUUUUGAACAACCCAACGAUAUAUUAAGAAAAUAAGUUCAGCACAAUAAGGGGUCCAUAACAGAGACAAAGUUACGGAGCACCAUCUUUGGUAACGAGUUGGCUUCCAAGAGAUAGAGGUGAACAAGAUGGAGAGUUGCUUGAUAUCAGUUAUGAUACCGAAGAUCUCUGUAUCCAUGAGCUCACUAUUGAUAACUCUGAUGAUCUUUUGGUUAUUCAAGAAAACCCUUAGGUAUUCUCGAUGUCGAUCAAAAAAAUACUCAUACCAAACAUGAACCAGUUCCAAACAAGUAACCAGAAUACUCUUAUUUUAAUAGUAUUGAUAUAAAACAAGUAUCUAUUACAUGAAUAAUUCACUCAGUCCUUAGUUUAAUAUAGUUUGGUUCACAUAGUUUUAACUGAGUCUAUUUAUAUUGCUGACAAAAAAAUUAAUAAAUAUAUUUUGGUAUUUGGUGUUCUUCCUUCUUUUAUAUAGUCGAGUUUUUCAUGUUCAAUAUAUUUUUGCUUUGGAUUUAUCGAAUAUGAUGUGUUUGCACAUAUUUUUGAGCUUUGUUCUUUAAUAUUGUUUUUAUCCUCUAAUUUCAUUUGUUAAAAAUUACAAUAGAACCAACAAGAAUUGUGACAAGCGCAUUUCUCAUUUCAAAAUUUUGUUUUUCGGUCUUUGUUUUACUGUAUUUUUAUUUGGUUUAUGUUUAACUAAGUACAAAUAAUAUUUUGGAACCGAAAAAUCCGAUUAAGAUCUGAAACCUGAAAUUAUAUUGGGUUCAACCGGGUUUUGAAAAUGUUAUUAAAUCCUAACCAAUUUUUUAAUAAUAUCCGAUAGAAACUGAAAUUUAUAAAUCCAAAAAUCUAAAAUUCGAUUGAACCCCGAACCGAAACCCGAUUGGUCCUUUGAUGCCGACUCAAUCAAUCAAAAUUAUUGUCUUUUUAAAAUGGUAACAAAUAAUGUCACGUUAGGAUUUAAAAUAUGAAAUUGGUAAUAAUUUUUAUUAAAUUUUGUUGUUUCUAAAUAUUUUAGAUAUCUUAGCUAAAUAGACAAAGAAAAAAUAUUCUAGUAAAUCAGUACGCAUGGAAUAACUCAUGUAUUUAAUUUGAAAUUGAAAAUGAUAAAAUCAAAUAAUAUAAACGAAGAAUAAAUGUAAAAAAUCUGUAGAUGUCAGAAAAAAAGAGAGUCAAAAUUUUAUUAGUUGUCAUCAAGAUUCCAAUGAUAAUAAUUCCAUAUUUGAAAAUACUAAAAAGUAAAAAAUCUUACACAAAAUAUUCAUAGCUACUUGUCAUAUAUACCUAGAGAAUCUUUUGUAGUGAUCCCACAAAACUUGUAUAUAUAAAUACUUACAAAUAUAUGAGAGAGAAUAUAUAUUAAAAAAAAACCCUAGUUCCACUUGGGAAAAUCUGAGAUCCCUAAAACAUUCCUCCGGUAUGAGGACAGAUAUGGUGAUUACGAGUAAGCGACCCCGGGCUCCAAGCUUUGCCGAUAAGCAUCCGGAGGAGACUCACGCUGCCAGCACCUUUGGUUGCGAUUGGUUCCAGGAGAAAGGGAAGGAUGAAGGUAAGCUCAAAACGUUUCUUGAGCAAUGCGGUUUCUGCAAGAAGAAGCUGCGUCACGACCAGGCCGUUUUCAUGUACGGGGCAGCUACUUUGGGGCAUUCUGUUCAAAAGCGUGCAGAGCAAAACAGAUGGCAUGCGAUGUCUUUAGUGAAAAAUCACGAGAGAUUGUAAAAGCAAAGAAGGGAAGAACAUGUACUUCAGGAAUCAAACCAAAAGAUGAUGAACCACCAGGCAAUCGAGAGAGGAUCUCAUCACCACCCCGAUUUUAUAUAUGAUUGAUGAUGAUAAUGAUGUGAUUAAGGGUUGGGUGUAUAUAUACUUGUGUAAAAAGCCAUUAAUUUGUCGCCAAGGGAAAUGCCUUUACCAUCCAUCAAGUUGACAUCGGCAAUUAUUUGUUUUGUUGAUCAACAGGAGGGGGUUUAGUAGCGUAUUUGUCAGUCUAUGAUUUUUAUUUUUGAUUUUAGUAAUCAAUAAGUGUUUUUGUCUUUGGCAUUGUGUUGUAUUCAUGUACUGGGAUAUAAGUCAAGACUCAUCAUA